UUUUUUUUUUCACUACUAAUCAUCCAUGGGUACCGUUCGUCAAAAGAAAGCUGCUAGAAGAACCAACAAAAACACAAGACGUACAGCCGAUAGACACAAAAAGAGAGUGACUAUUCAUGGCAAUCCCAUCAUCAAAAAGAACUGGGAUAAAAAAUUGACACUUAAACAAAACUAUGCUAAGCUUGGUUUAUUAACUUCUUUGAAUGGAGAGACGGGUGGUAAAGAAAAGAUCCUUCCCGACGAAAAGCAAGCUGAGACAGAAGAAACAGAACCUAAAGAACUAAAAGAUUUGACAGAAGAAGAGAUUGAAGAAUUAAAAAAGACCUUGAAUCCCGGGGAAGGUUUGAUUCAGCGUGAUGAAGAAGGCAAUGUGGUCCGUAUUAUUGUGGGUGAAAAGAAGACACACGAUGAAAUUUUGGAUGCUGAAGUGGCUCCAGUAGAAGCCAAGACAGACGUUGUUCGACAAUUAGAAGCCCAUGCUGCUAAUGCAGUUCAUCACGAAAAGUAUCAAUCAGAAUAUGAAUUGGAUUGGGUUCAAAAACUGAUCAACAAGCAUGGUGAUGAUUACAAGGCCAUGUUUUGGGAUAAAGAAUUGAACAUAUACCAACAAACAGCUGCUCAAUUAAAAAAGAAGUGCCAAGCUUAUCUUAAGAAAUAAUAGUUUAAUAAAGAGUUAGGGAUUAAAGCCAACA